CGGGGCCUCGUGAUAUGCUCCUGCGGAUCCACGGGAAGAGUGAAUGGCAGUGUAACUUCGUUGAAGCGCAUGGUGGAGCGUGACCUCUUCGAUUUUGUCCUAACGUUCGCGGGCGUCUCAACCUUGGAUUCGGUCGUUGUUCCAGCGCUCAAUCGGUUUAUCGAAAACGUAUAUGUUUACGACAUGAAGAUCUGGGAUGCAUUGGAGGAAUCGUUUGGGGAGGACAGACACGCCCUCAAUCAAUCUCCUGUCAUGCUUUCAUUUGCAGACAUCCAAGUCGGCGCGGACAAGGUCCCAUAUCGCGUGGUCGACACCAGAGUUCUCGCAUACUCAAACCUCAAGGACGGUAGGCCGUGGGGUCUGGACAUCUACCGAUGUUGGAACGAGACUUGUCAGGCGCCUGCAUAUAACAUGAUUUUUCAUCCUCAUGGAAAGCAGCGUUUUGGGAUGCAGUGGGUGCAGACAAAGAUGAGGUAUCAGUGCUUGCAAUGUAAGAUGGAACAGAGGUCAAUCCCCUGUCCAACAUGGAUCCAUGCAGCACGGUCUCAGAACUUUGGACGUGUUUGGUACCAGUGGCCCCUCAGCACCAAGCAGAAACGCGAGAUAGGCAUCAGAUAUUGA